AUGAACGGGGCGCAGAAAACGACGACCGUAGCGGUCAUUGGCCUCGGAGGAAUGGGUAUAGUGACAGUUAAGAAUCUGAUCGAAGAAGGGUUCGACGUUACCGGCUUUGAUAAAAGCGCAUACUACGGCGGUCUGUGGCACUUUACCGAGGACAAACAAACUCUCAGCAUUCUUGAAUCUACACAAGCGAAUAUCCCCAUUGAACGGAUGUGCUAUACCGAUUUUCCUUUCCCAAAAGAUACACCGACACACUGUUCUGCCGCCGAGGUGCAACGGUACAUUGAGUCGUACGUGGAGCACUUUGAGCUCGCGCCGCAUUUCCGGCUCAAUGCCUCAGUCACGCGCAUUUCGGAAAUCGAGGAGACGGGCCGGUGGAAGAUUGACAUUGGCGGCGCCCCGUCGCAGUACUUUGACAAGGUGGUCAUGGCCACCGGGCCGCACGUCAAGGCGACUGCGUUCCGGCUCGAGGGCCAGGAGUUAUUCGCCGGCGAAGUGAUGCACUCGCAACAAUUCAAAAGAGCAUCAGACUAUGCUGGCAAAAGAGUCAUUGUUGUAGGCAUGGGCAACACGAGCGCCGACAUUGCAAGUGAGUUGGUGGGCGUCGCGUCCGAGGUCUAUUUAUCUCACAACAGAGGGGCACAUGUCCUCCCCCGUGACCUCAAAGGCGUACCCGCGACCAGUGUGCUCACCCACCGCCUCGUCCGUCUGCAAGGAAUCAUCGACUGGCUCUUCCCGCAGCUGCGCGACUGGAUAAGUGACCGCGUCCUGCGCGGCAUCACAUCAGCCGUCUUCGGCCCUCUGGACCCCUCUUGGAGCCUCGCCGACGCGCCGCCCGCCACCGUCACCAACCCCAUCAUCAACGACACGCUGAUCCCGCACUUGCGCGCCGGUCAUGUCACCUCGGUCGCCGGCCUCGUGCGCGUCACGGGCCCGUCCACCGUCGCGCUCGCCGACGGCCGCACGCUCGACGCCGACAUCAUCGUCUACUGCGCCGGCUACGCCAACAACUACGACGUCCUCGACGCCCGCGUCAACCCGAUGCGGCACGCCGACGCCGCGUGGGCCGCUGCGCGAGGGUCCCGCGGCCGCCCGCUGCCGCGGCUCUACCAAAACGUCUUUUCGCUAGAUCGCCCCGACGCGCUGGCGUUUGUGGGCUGCGCGUGGUUCGCCACCGGCGCGUUUGCCGUGGCCGACCUGGCGAGCAUGUGCAUCGCGCAAGUCUGGCGCGGCCGGUCGCGGCUCCCGCCGGCCGACGCCAUGGAGCGCUGGAUGGACGCCCAGGCCGCGUACGUGACGGGGCUGGCGCGCCGCGGGACCAUUGUCCCCGCAACGGUCAACAUGCGCGCGUGGCUCGUCUGGGCCGACGAGACGGCCGGGCUCGGCGUCGAGCGGCAUGUCGGGCGCUGGUGGGGGUGGGAGGGUUGGCGGUUUUGGUGGCGCGAGAGACGGCUGCACGGCAUGAUUGAGACGGGUGUGCUCACGUCGGCCGUCUGGCGGCUGUUUCCGGGGGACAAGAGGAAAGCGUGGGACGCCGCGCGGGCCGAGGUGCAGCGGCUGAAUGAGAAGCACGAGGCGAACCUUGCAAGGUACAAAGAGAGUCACUAG